AUGGCUGCACCCGUCGUGCACUUUGACGACGACUGGUCCGGUGUGCGGGGUUCGAACGCGGUUCCGGAUCGGGAGCUGCUGAGGCACAAAGGCCGAGCAGCGGCCGCCACCGCCGCCGGGGGGGAAGCGGCCGCUGCUCGGCUGCUGCUCCCCGGUGAUGUGGAGCUGUCCGGGCUGCUCGACGGCAGCUUCUCCCCGGGGGACGAGCUCUGGUCCGCGGACCCGGGGGUCGGCCUCCAGGAGAAGUUCUCCGCCUGCUUCCACGAUGUCAGCCCCCGGACAGAGAGCGUCGCUCCCGGGAGUGUGAUCUCAGAGGACACGCUGCUGGAGACAGACGAAAUCUGGAACGCCUUAACCAGGAACUAUGGGCAAGUGAUGCCCGUGGACUGGAAACACUCUCGAACGCGCUCCCUCCACAUCCCCACGUUCAACCUGGAGGAGAAACCUAGGAAGACUGAUGUCACAGCAGAGCUGUCCGAUGACGAGGAGCUGAGGGAGCAGCUGGACAUGCACACCAUCAUUGUCUCCUGUCUCGCAGACGAGCCCCUGUACACAGCAGAGCAGGUUAUCGAGGAGAUAGAGGAGAUGAUGCAGGACUCGCCCGACAUGGAGCCUCAGCACGACCCCUCUCAGUCGGACCUCUCCAUGCUCUCACUGGACGUCCAGCGGCCGACCAGCAGCCCCGGCUACGAGGAGAAGGUGAGGGCCCUGAGUGUGGCGGAGCUGAACGAGCGUCUGGAGGAGACGGACACGAACAUCAGGAGCUUCUCGGAGGAGCUGGUGCAGCAGCUGGCUCUCAGGGACGAGCUGGACUUUGAGAAAGAGGUGAAGAACAGUUUCAUCUCAGCGCUCAUCGACGUGCAAAACCGACAGAAGGAGCACCGCGAGCUGCUGAGGAAGAAGAAGAAGCUCAAAGGCGGAGCUGGGACGUCGCAGGGCCACGCUGAGAAAACAGUCGGAUCCCGCUUCAGCAUGGAGGGAUUCUCCUCCGUCAUUCAGAACAGCUUCAGACAAACCUUUGGUAGUGGGUGCAGUGAAAGACAGUAUUUGACCACAGUCAUCCCGUAUGAGAAGAAGGGACGUCCUCCUUCGAUCGAGGACCUUCAGAUCCUCACCAAGAUUCUACAAGCGAUGAGAGAUGACAGCGACAAGGUGCCCAGUCUCUUAACAGACUAUAUUCUCAAAGUGCUUUGCCCGACGUAGACCGGAGGGACGGUGCCUAACACUGUAUAGAUGCUUCUGAUCCGUGGCAGCAAGAAGAAGAGGACUCAUUGUAUUAUUUUUGCAAACAUGAAGCACACUUAAUUUAUUCUUGCAUGUUUUUAAUUCAACCUGUGUCUUUUUUUGUUGUGUUCUUUACUCAGUUGUUCUCAUCUUACGUGCAGUGUUGUGUGAUUUUUGCAAAACCUUGUGUGUUCCUGUGCAUUUUUUACUUUUUUCAGUGUUUUUUUA